AGCUCAGCGGAGCCAGGCGCUAGUGCUUCCCAGUCCUCAUGAAUCCUCCUCCUUCACGAAUGGCCGUUCAAUGCAAUUCUCUUCCCCCCUGCCACAUCUCCAAACCCUCCAAAUCCAAACCCAUCUUUCCAUUCGCAGUUACCCAUUUCACCCCAACCCACCAUACUCCACUUUUCCUCAAUUCUAACUCUACGAAGCUCUCAACACACAGCGUGACUUACAAUUACAGGUCGGGUAGGGUUGUUUCUGCUGUAAUUUCCGAGGAAAACCCAGUGAGCUCGACUAUUUCUGGGGCUGAUGCGUUCAAACUUACUUAUUUGGAGGGCAAUAGUUGGCUGUGGGAUGUUUGUGGGUUGAAAAUUCUGGUUGAUCCAAUCUUGGAGGGUAACUUGGAUUUCGGAAUUCCCUGGCUUUAUGACGCUGCCAAGAAGUUCUUGAAAAAUUUCCAGCUUACUGAUCUUCCUGAGGUGGAUUGCUUGUUGAUUACACAAAGCCUAGAUGACCACUGCCACUUGAAGACCUUAAAGCCACUCUCCCAGAAGUUGCCAAAUCUUAGAGUUAUAGCAACUCCUAAUGCUAAGAGUUUGUUGGAUCCCCUUUUUAGCAAUGUCACAUACUUAGAACCCGGUGAAACCUCUGAAAUUGAAGCUAUCAAUGGUUCUCAAGUUAAAGUUCGAGCUACUGCAGGGCCAGUUCUUGGCCCUCCUUGGCAGCGCCCUGAAAAUGGGUAUCUUGUCAUUUCUCCGCAAGACCAGUUGACUCUCUACUAUGAACCUCACUGUGUCUACAACAAGAAUUUUCUGGAGAAGGAACGGGCUGACAUAGUCAUUUCACCUGUUAUAAAGCAGCUUCUUCCGAGUUUUACGUUGGUCUCUGGACAAGAAGAUGCAGUUCAACUUGCAAAGAUGCUUGGUGCCAAGUUUGUUGUGCCCAUGAGAAAUGGAGACCUUGAUGCCAAGGGGCUUCUUGCAAACUUGAUUCAGUCCCAAGGAACGAUGGAAUCAUUCAAGGAGCUUUUGUCUAGGGAGCUUCCGGAGGCAGAGGUACUAGAGCCAACUCCUGGUGUACCACUAGAUAUUUCAGCACCUUCGAAUCGAAACUUCCAUAAAUGAGAAUGUUUUGAAAGAGACGUUUUAUUCAAAACAUGUGCAGAUUGAAAAUACUAUUCUACCUAUGAAUCAUCUAUACCAAUAUGAAAAUGUAGAAUCGGCUAAUAUCACCUGGUCCAGUAUAGAUUUGUCGAUUUUCCCUUGGUUAUGAAUCCAUGGUAUUUUGUUCUUGAUUUUAUGUUGCUCUUUCAUGUAACCUAAGGACAGAGCCAGAAUUUUAUCACGAGGGGUGCCAAUUUAGUUUCAACUCAGGAUAUGUUUGGUUCGAUAGAAUCAAAGUUGGAAUAGAAUGGUUGUUCCAAUGACA